AUGCAGCCUUUACAAGUUCCAGCUUACAAAAAAAAUGAGGAAAAAGAGAGUACGAAAGUAGACGAAAAGGGAGAUUUACGUGCAGAAUUUACAAGCUACAGCUCGCAACAAACUAAAGAAAAGAAGAAAGAAUUUUUGAAAUCGGUGGAAGGCUCCUUUAGGCCGGAUAAAUCCCGCUUUUCAAAAAUCUCUGGAGAAAUUGAUCUUAACGCUACCACGGACGCUGACCAAAAGAACAAGAAAACAAUGAAAAAACAAGUGUACCUUGUACUCGCCGCAUUCGCUUAUUUAACACCAUUUGUUAAAUGCGCUCAACUUCUUGGCAACUUUAACCUUGUUUCGCCACCCUUUGUCCCACAAACAUACAGUACUCAUACGAAUUUUCCAGGAGUAGUUCCAGCCUUAACCCAACAUCAAGACAUCGCCCAUCCUGCAGUGGUGGAAAACUCCAAGGCAGAGUCACAGCUUCCUCCAGGGCUACUUAAUCCUUUUUACAAAAACCCUGUUAUUGCGUCUGCAUUAGCGAGUGAAUCCUGGUUCGCGAAUAAGGAAUUUCCAGUACAUCACAGAGAGGCUGACAAUAUAUCCAGAGAAGAGAUUUAUAAAAUUAUUUCUAGAUUAAGAAAUUAAAUAAUUGAUCCGA